UUAAAUAUUCCUAUUUAUUUUGAUAAUUUUGUAAAAAAAAUCUGUAAAUAAUGUAAAUAAAACAGAGAAUCGAAACUAACGCAUCCUUAACCAUGACAAUGGACCGGCGUCAUAGUUCGGUUCAAACAAUGGGCUUUUACUCUGUUCCAUUCAUUCUUAUAUUUCACAAUAGCGAUAGUCGGUUCUUCUGGAAGUCUUCCGUCGGGCACGCCUUUCGCUCCUCCGAUCACUACAACGGAUGGAAUGCCCUCGGCGCUCCUGAAUUCUCUGCCUCCCAUCAGAAGAAAUCUGAUUCAUCGAGGAAUAAAAGGAGCUUUGUAUUGGAGGAGUAAUGUAUAGAGGCAUACCGCGUCUGAGGGCUUCGGGCUCUUCCCUUGCUAACUUUCUGACGGCUGCGCAGUUGAAGAGAAAAGCCUCCAAUUCGCUGUCUGCUGUUCAGGACACUUUCUAUUCCACUAAGGAUAUAUUUGAGAGGCAUAGAGUGGUGUUUACUAUUUCCACUUCUAUUGCAUCAGUUGCCACAGCAUGGGCUGGUUAUUCUAUACGCCAUUAUCACGAAUCAAGGGUUGACCAAAGACUUGAAGCAAUUGAAAAAGCUGUACUAAAUUGUUCAGCUUUGGAUAACAAGGUACUAAAUUGUUCAGCUUUGGAUAACAAGGUACUAAAUUGUUCUGGGAAGCGACAUUUCAUAAUGAAAAGCAGCUAUCAGAUACAAGAUCCUGAGCUUAAAAGGCUUGUUUCUGGGACAGUUAGUUUUCCAGCAUUUCUUGCGACUGCUGGAACUAGCUUGAUUAUUGGGUUGGCGAGGCGGGGCUUGGUACACCAACCGGAAGUUGAGAAGGGAACAGUUGAAAUUGUUGGGGCAAAUAAAACCAAGGAGAUGGCCUCUCAAGUUCUUGAGAAGGCCAUUGAUGAAGCUUCGACAGCAAGAACCUUCCAGUAACAUCUCUGAACCAUUACCCAAGGAUGCGUCCGCUGCAACUACAAUUUGAUUGAUCGUGCUUAUUUAUUAUGACAAGUCGGCAUCCUUGAGUAGUCUUUUGACAGUCCAGUGGAAGCAUCGCUCUGCAGCAAGAAAUAUGCAUCUAUAUGCUUUCAGGUAAUGCAUUCCAUUGUUACAUUAAUUAGUGAUUGCUUCAAUUAUUAAGAAGAGGAUCGAAUUUGGAUCCAUUGCUUGAUCCAGUUGGGUUGUGAAGUUUCUGCUAAAUAGGAAUGAUUUUGUUUUUAUGAUUAAAUUACAGUAUGUGAAACAAAAUGAUCAUGCUGAUAAAUAAAUUUACUCUUGAUAUAGUAAAGUUAUAAUAUGUCAUUGGAGACAAUAUUUGUUGACUGAUUA